AUGGUUCCAAACGGAUUUCUUAGUUUUGAGGAUGAACAGUUUAUAGAGUCAUCAGUUGCCAAACUAAAUGCCCUGCGGAAAAGUGGCCAAUUUUGUGAUGUCAAACUUCAGGUUUGUGGCCAUGAAAUGUUGGCACACAGGGCAGUUCUUGCAUGCUGUAGUCCUUACUUGUUUGAAAUUUUCAAUAAUGACACCGAGUCUCAUGGAAUAUCUCAUGUUAAGUUUGAUGACUUGAAUCCAGAAGCAGUAGAAGUUCUGUUAAACUAUGCAUACACUUCACAGCUGAAAGCUGAGACGGAGUUGGUAAAAGAUGUUUACUCUGCAGCAAAAAAGCUUAAAAUUGAUCGUGUAAAGCAGGUGUGUGGUGAAUAUUUAUUAUCCAAGAUGGAUGUAGAGAGCUGCAUCUCAUACCGUAACUUUGCAAAUGUGAUGGGAGAUUGGCGUCUUUUAAGCAAAGUAGACAUGUACAUUCAGGAGCAUCUUCUUGAAAUUUCUGAACAAGAUGAUUUUCUUAAGCUGCCUCGACUUAAAUUGGAAAUAAUGCUAGAAGAAAAUGUCUCCCUUCCAAAUAAUGGAAAGUUGUACACAAAGGUAAUCAGCUGGGUUCAGCGCAGUAUAUGGGAACAUGGAGAAAGCUUGGAGACUCUGAUGGAUGAGGUACAGACGUUGUAUUACUCCGCGGAUCACAAGCUGCUUGAUGGACAUGUCCUGGACAAACAUAAUGACAUGUUUGCUGGUGAAGAAGAUGGUAUACAGUUGGUUCAGAAGAAAUCUCCUCGUGAAAGUGACAAGCACAUAAGCAGUGGCUCUUCUGGAAUUUCUUCUCCUUCAAGUAUUGCUGCACCAAACCCCAAACAUGAAUGGAAAAUGAUUGCAUCAGAAAAAAAGUCAAAUAAAGCCUACCUGUGUCUGGCUGUUCUUAACAGCACAUUAAGUGUUAUCUUCUUGCAUGGCCGCAACACCCCUUUGAGCUCCCCAUUAAAUACUCCACGUCUGAUGAAAAGUUUAAGUCUUGAAAUACCUCCAGAUGACUCGAAUGACAAAAUCAUGUCACCAAUGCAUUAUGCGCGUUCUGGUCUGGGAACGGCUGAACUGAAUGGCAAACUAAUUGCAGCAGGUGGCUACAACAGAGAAGAGUGUCUACGUACAGUUGAAUGCUAUGACCCAGAAAGUGACACCUGGACAUUUCUGCCUCCAAUGAAAACACCUAGAGCUCGGUUUCAAAUGGCAGUUUUAAUGGAUGAACUGUAUGUUGUCGGUGGAUCAAAUGGUCAGUCUGAUGAUCUUAGCUGUGGAGAGAAAUAUGAUCCUAAAGCAAGUGCGUGGACACCUUUUCCUGAGCUCAGAACAAACCGUUGUAAUGCAGGUGUUUGUGCCCUCAAUGGAAAGUUAUAUAUUAUUGGAGGGUCAGAUCCUUACGGCCAAAAAGGACUUAAAAAUUGUGAUGUGUUUGAACCCUUUACAAGGUCAUGGACAAGCUGCGCUCCACUUAACAUCCGAAGGCACCAGUCUGCCGUUUGUGAACUGGACAAUCAUAUGUAUAUCAUUGGAGGUGCCGAAUCAUGGAACUGUUUAAAUUCAGUAGAGCGGUACAAUCCUGAAAAUGAUACUUGGACCUUAGUAGCACCUAUGAAUGUUGCUCGCCGCGGUGCUGGAGUUGCAGUUUAUAAUGGUAAACUUUUUGUAGGAGGAGGUUUUGAUGGCUCUCGUGCACUAAGCUGUGUGGAAUCGUAUGACCCUGUGAAAAAUGAGUGGAAGAUGGUUGGAAGCAUGAAUUCUUCGAGAAGCAAUGCUGGUUUAAUAGCUAUAGGAAACAACAUAUUUGCUGUUGGUGGAUUCGAUGGCAAUGAAUUCUUGAAUACAAUUGAGGUUUAUAACACUAGUAUAAAUGAAUGGAGCACGUACACCAAAAUGUGCAGAUCUAAAGCCUGGUAG